GUAGCAGAAUUACCGGACUGGUUCUAGGAGGAUCAGUGCUGGGCAUCUAUCUUUAUACGAUAUUGUCGGUGAAGCAGGAAAAAUUUCUGGAUGAUUUUGAAGAACCACUGAAAGUUGAAUUGCCAGAGAAACAAUAGGGCUUAGAAAUUAUCUUUAAAAUGUCUUCAUCUACCGCAAUAAGCUUGUUGGCAAAGAGUGGUGCUAGGAUUCCUCCUUUACCGACAAUACGCGACUUGGUUGGAUUGUACAAGCUAAGAGCAAUCAAACAACUUUUGCAGAACUUCCUUAUGGACGAGAGAUUAACGAAUAAAAUAGUGCGUGCGGCGGGCAACAUUCAAAAUAAUUAUGUGCUUGAGGUUGGCCCGGGUCCAGGUGGCAUAACACGAUCCAUUAUCAAAAUGUGUCCACGACAUUUGGUUGCUGUGGAAAAAGACAGGUGCUUUCUACCGACCCUGGAGCUAUUGCCGGAGGCCUCAAAGGAUUUUCUCCGAAUGGAUAUCGUACGUAAGGAUAUACUUGAGUACCAUAUGGCGGCACCUUUUUCCGAUUGUUCUAAUAUGGAUUGGCAAGACAAACGGGCUCCUGUGCACAUACUCGGAAACUUACCACUUGCGAUUUCCACCCGAUUACUAGUCAACUGGCCUCGUGAAAUGAGUUUGCAAACAGGCGCCUGGUCCUUACCACUUGCGAUUUCCACCCGAUUACUAGUCAACUGGCCUCGUGAAAUGAGUUUGCAAACAGGCGCCUGGUCCUAUGGACGCAGCAGUCUGAUUAACAUUUCGGAAGGAAAUUACAGAGCACAUAGUUGUUCCAAUUCUGGCAAAGAUACGUUGCCGCAUCUCGGUGGUGAAUCAAACAAGCUUCUUAUUCCUGACAAAGCAUUGGUACCCAAACCAGAUGUCGUGGGAGGAAUAAACAUAAUUCCGUUAAAAACCCUCUUCCCAUUGUUAAUUUCGAUGUUUUGGGGAAAGUUGUUCGUCAUAUUUCGACGCGUCAAAAAUAGUGCCGUCGAGGUGUCGCAAACGUUUACCCAUCUGAUGUGCGAGAACUCUCGAUCAUUUUUUCAACUUUCUACGGAAGAGUGAGAAUCGUUGAAGCCUACGAUUUGCUGAUGAAAUCCAACCCAGAUAUAAAGCAUUAUGAUUACUGAGCACCAAAAGAGAAAGCAGUAGUUGAAGAUAUUUUAGUAGUCUAUUUACUGAUAAUGUAAAAUAAAUUCAAAUGUCAAACAGAAUGCUCCGUCGUAGACGCCAUGGCAAGUCCAAUUUAAAAAAAAAAAAUCAAGGCUGCCGGGAAUAUACGGACUGUCGUAUUUUAAAUCGGGCUUUGACUGAUCGUAACUGACGAAGCAUUCUGUAUGACUUUUUGUAUCUUUA